UAUCACAGCAUCGUUGCAGUUGAGGAUAACCGAUUGUGCCAUGAAUAACGCGGACUUGUACGCAAAAUCACACACGAUCCAGUUCGAGGUGAACGCAGAGAUAUUGCAGCAGUUUGAUUAUUUGGUAAAUUGGGAUAAAUUCGUGAAAAUCAAGCUACUGGAUAUUGGUUGUGGCGAUGGUGAUUUUUUGGUGAAUGUUUUGCUGAAGAAGCUGGAUAACAGGUGUGAAGUUCUUGGGGUAGACAUCUUCCAAGAUAUGGUGGACAUUGCUGCGAAAAAGUUUGGCUCAAUGCCAAAUGUGAAGUUUACAAAGUUUGACAUAACAGCGAUCGAUUUGUCUGAAUUGUUAAAAAGUGGACCCUUUAAUUUGAUUACCUCAUUCGUGUGCUUGAACUGGGUCCGAAAUCAGCGACAAGCUUUCGUCAAUAUUUAUCAGCUGUUGGCUAAAGAAGGGCAGCUGUUUUGUACUUUUGUGCGGAAUGAUGCUCUGAAGUUGGUGUAUCAAGAGUUGGCCAAGGAUCCACGAUGGUCGCCAUUUAUGACAGAUUGGAACGAUUUCACUGCACCUUACGUCGACGUUGAAGAUUGGAGACAAGUUCUUGGAGAACACUUGAAGGUGGCAGGAUUCACGGAUUUUCGAAUGGAAGUUUCCCAUGGACCGUAUCACUUUAGAUCGGAGCAGGAAUUGAAAGAUAUGCUACAUUCAGUUAAUCCUUUUGCCUUAAGAAUCCCUGAAGAACUAGAGGUCAAAUACGUGAAAGACUUACUCAAAGAAUUCCAGCGACAAUCCAAAUCUCCGGUAAAAUAUCCUUAUGAAAUGAUUAUUUUAUACGCUAGUAAAUAAAUCAAAUAUUUGAAAUUAGGUUCUAAAGUCGAAUCUACACAACUUUCACUUCUCCAACCGCUCAGCAAACCCCUCAUUUAGAUCAUCACGCUGAUCCAUUCAUCUAAAUCCCACUUUCAAAAGCGAUCGACCGCGUGAUUCGCGUGGGCUAAUAACCAUCAUGAAACUCCCCUGCAAAAAAAGUCUCCCCCCUGAAGCUUAUGCCACAUCAAAGCACCUUCUAGGUGCAGCCCCAGCGGUGCAUUAAUUUCCGCCAACCCGGAACGUCGUCGUCGUCGUGGGUCCAUGCCGGGCCAGGUUAAUGGGUUUUUCGUGAAGCCGAUUAAGGUUGUGCUCCAUGAGAAAUAGAGCCCCGAUAUCGGUGAACUAAUUAUCGUUACGAAUUAAAAAAUGCAACACACCUCGAGCGAUUUGUAAUUCUAAUUAAAUGGUGCACGGACCCCCACCGAGGUGGGAAGCAUUACGAUUUGUCAACAGUGGAUUAGACGUGAUUUGGGGCACCUCGAAUUAGAAUCGCAAAGUUUGCGUAAUAAAAGUAAACGGUUUACUGCCGUUCCCAGGUCAAACUGAACGGCAAAGGUGCUGCUGAAAACGUGAUGACCCCGGAAACCCGACUGGAAACGAAAUUGUAGCAAAAGUAAUUCACGACUAGCGAGAUCCAUCAUCAU